GGCGGUAAAAAUGAAGGAAAGCUUCAGCAAACUACAGUGAUCUAAAGUAAUGGAUAAUCCAACGUUUAAAUCGGUAAGUUCAAUUUCUUUUGUUAUUAUUUCUUUGUAUUCAAAGCUGUCAUUGUUACCGUAGAACCGCUGCUUUAAGCUUUUCAUCACUCGUUUCAAUUCUGGCGCCUCUGUUUGCCGGUAUAACAUUCUAAACCACUGUCUGAAUCAGGGAAAAAAAAUUAAAACAAAUCAUAGAAUAAGAUUUUCUUCUCGAAACUCAAACUGCCUGUUUAAAUUACAGAAAAAGAGUUCUUAUCCUAUGAUUUGUUUUAAAUUUUUCGCGUAAAAUAAGAGAACUUUUUCUUAAAUUGAGAGAUUCGCAACAGAGUGUAGGGUAAGCUCAUUAUUAUAGUGAAUAAUAUAAAUGUGAUUUUCUUUUUUCAGGAAACUGUUAACAAGCUAUUGCUUAAUUUCUUUCAUGACAAGCAAAAAACAAAAUGUGAGUGAGACAUCAAGUUCAACUUGAAAUUUUUAUCUAUGGGCGUGCUUGGAGUGGACUGAGGUCACUCAGCCAUAUAAACUAUGCCUACAGAUGUGACCAGGGAACCAAUUUAUAAGACCAUGUUGAUUAUUGUUGUUGUUCAAUUUUAUCCUUAGCUUAAAUACAUUUUAUUUUCUCUUUUGGAUAUGAUGAUUUAUUAUAAUGAGUUUGAAACAAAGGGAAAUAAAAUUUAAAGAAGUAUAUAUCAUUUUUUACAGUCAAACCCCCGGAGGUCCCCCCCCCCCCAUGAGGAAAUGUUCUCCGAUUAUCCCUACACGGCGACCUACCCCAGCGUAAAAGUGUUGACCUCACUGAUAUUAUCCCAGUGUAAAAGUUAUCUCAAUGAUCUUACCCCAGUGUUUAAAGAGAUUUUUGGGGUGAGUAGGGAUUCAAAAUAGCAAGAUUCUCGGUUAAAAAAUCAGAAAGUUGUUGUUUAUUAAAUUUAACAAUAAGCUUGCUUUGACUGCAUUACAUUCUGCCACUUGAAACCACAUUGAUAAGGUAGAUGCAUAAAUAGAAAGUGACUAAGUUGGGAUCGCGAAAAUUACAUUUUCCAAAAAGUGACUUGAGAUGGGGUCUAUAGUUGGCCAAAAAAUAGACUAUGAAGGGUUGGGGCUUUGAGAGGCCAGUGGCAUAAACCCAGCAAACAUUAACCCAAGUACCCCCCCCCCCACCCCACCCCCGGGGUCAAACCCCACUUUACGGACACCCUGUUGAGAAGAACACUUUCUAUGGCCCCCUCAGUGUCCGUAUUAAAAGGGGUUUUACUGUAUCUACAAUCUCUAGCUUUACUUAUAGGAGCCAAUAGGGUGCUUAAGCAAUGAUGACCGCGACAGCAAAGGGUACGGCAAGAAAGCAAUGGGUUUAGAUUGGCAAAACAACAACUUUGCACAUGCAUUAUGCUUUUUUGUACAUUUCUUAGCUGUCGUUGCAUGACUACAAUGUGACAGUGCCUUUUUUUCAAGUUUUUUCAAAGACGGGAACACAAGACAACAGCGUUAUUAUUCAUUUCCUGAACUUUGAUACAGUCCUUUAGAAUUCAACUCCAAGAAAAUUUGCCAACAUCUGACCAAUUUUACUGCAUGGUUUUGGCUUACUUAAGGCCACAGCCUUAUUUUGACUUCUUGUCAAAUCAACUGCAUUAGUUUCCUUUUUCAUAUAGGCAAUGGUGAUGCUUUAAAACUGAUGACAGAACUUCUUAGGAUUUUUAUUGCAGGUAUCAAAUAUUAUUGUUGCAACUCAUUCUUAUUAAUCUAUGUCUGCCCACAGAGACUAAAUUACUUGAGACUAGAUGGGGCACUUGCUGCGGGUGCAAAAGGUUCUCUGCAGGGCCUCAAAAAUUAUUUAUAAUUUACCUAAGGACAUGGCAUCCAGUCAUGUGUUGAACUUUGCAAAUUGGACCACAAUCAGAUUAAACUACAAAUUGGAAAUAAACUAAGAGAAUCUUUAGUAAGCAAGAAAGUUAUUUCUCAUUACAAGUCAGGACGUUGCUUUUAUUCUGAGAUACAAUAGCAGAUUCAUGAGACUCAUUAGCCUUUUUAUGUUAUGAUAUACAUUGCCAGGUAUUUCUUCUAGAUUUUUCACCUCAGUUGAUAGCUUGAGAUUGUUUUGCCACAGCACUGAGAAACCUCCACUGAGAAACUUUUUAAUUUCCUUCUUUCUUUCUUUCUUGAAAGAGGGUGCAGCGAGAGCAGCACAGCAAGCUAAGGUAUAAUAGUUUAAAGAUGACCAACCUCUUUGAAUUUUAUACAAGUUUAUUACAGAAGAACCUCGAUAACUUGAACUCAGAUAACCCUGAAUUCCCUGCUAACUCAAACAAAAUUUCCCUUCCCUUGAUCAAAAUUACGCUGAAAUUCACCCCAAGAACUCAAAUUUCCCUCUAACUUGAACUGUUUUUUGUUUCCUUACAGAGUUCAAAUUACCUAGUUCUACUGUGUCAAGUCAACUCACUCACACACACAAUAGUUACACAAAUUCUCUUUCUGACAUGGUUUCCACUAGAAUUGACAUGAAGUGUCCAUCAUAGAGAGCCAUCUGCCUUAUGGAGAGUCAGAAAAUGCCUAUUAAAGCAAUAACAAGAACUAUUCUAGGUGCCUGUUUUUAUCUUAGGUUGCUAAUGACAACAAAAUUUUUUAUUGCUUGGACAGCAUUUUUUUUUUUUUAAGGAAGACUUACUCUAAUCAAUUUUGGUUCAGAAAAAAAUCCGAGCCUUUUUUUUAGAAUCUUUUUCCCAUCUGGCAACAACCAUCAGGGCUAUUUAUAGAUUAAAAUGUUUGUAUCCUGGACACAACUCUUUUUAUAUAACUAUAAUCUUUCUGAAGAAUGGUCAUACAGGAAAAGGGAUGAUAAUAACUUGAACUCUUGCUCUUUUUCUAGGUUGAAUCCUCACCAACUGUAGAAACUGACCAUUUGGAAAAAAUCCUACCACAACUGGUA